AUGCCACCGAACAAUAAGAAAAAGAAGAAGCCCGCGUCUAACCCAGCUCGAGGCUUCGCAACAGUCUCCGUGCCCUCGAAACCCAAACCCGAAAGCACAGCAGAGACCCCACCAACAACCGCAGUCGAUUCCAAAGCCACACCUCAAAACGAACCACAAGUCCCGCGUGCUGAAGAUUGCCCCGCGGGUGAAACAAGCACGGGCACGGGCGCGCGUAGGGCCGGUCCCUCAUUACAGAACUAUUCCCCGGAGGAACUCGAGAGGCAUUUGGAGGAGGCAGAACUGCAGAUUCUGGUUGAUAAAUAUGCGGCAAAGUGCAAGAGUGAUGCGGUACGCCAGGCGACCAAAUUAGAGACUGAAAGACGGGUCCUUCGCCAGCAAUCGGUGUCAUUGAGUCUCCUCGAAUGGCUUCCGACCGAGAUUCAAGAUCGAAUUCUUGAAUUGGCUGGUACUGAAGAGCAUGACUAUCUGAUAUCGAAUGCGCGAGGUACUGGUGCGAAGCAGAUAGGCUCUGAAGAGGAGCUAUAUGGGAAGCUCUGGACCUUGAAAGAGACCCUGCUCAAGCUCGGAUUCUCGGCAGAGCGUACAGAAGAGGCACUGAAACAUGUUCUUCUCUACUUCGCUGGCAAUUCUACCAGCACCAGCCGUGAGGUAGCAUGGAACCUAGACGAGGCACUGGAAUGGCUGGCAAUGCACAGUGAUAAGAAGGACCUCCCACCAUAUACACACACAACGGCCCGUCCCCAAAAAGAUGCGGAUAGUGUCACUUCGUGGAUGAUCGACUCGGAGCCAUCAAGAUCAUCCACCCCCAAAUCCCAGAUUGAGAGCAAACAGGGGAAACCCAAGGCAGACUGGAAGGCUGCGAAAGUCGUUACCCCCGUGUCAUAUGACUCGGAUAGCUCUAUCGAUCCAGACACUAUGGUUCCCGAGUGGUUGGAGCUACAAACCAAGCUGUACAGCCUUCAGCCGGACUUGUUUGAUCGCCCGGCAAAGGGAAAGAAGGGCCGUGGAGCUGCGGUUGGGCAAUCAGACGACCCGGAAAUAGCAAAGCUGCAGCGAAAAAUUGCAAAGAUCGAACGAGAUGUGCUAUUUGAGGCCCAAGAGGCGGAAUUCAUCUGGGGGGGGAGGCUUGACGAGCUCAGGAAGGACGCAGUAUUCAUGCGUCGCCCUGUAGAUCGAAAAAAGCAGCCUCAGACUGCAGAAGAAUCAGCAAAGGGUGCAAUCAAUGGGGGCUCUGAUGUUGAUAGUCUGCCAAUGGACGAAAUGGACGAUGAUGCUGCGGGCCUUCUUGGUGACAUGUUUCAGGCUGAACCCGAUGAUGGGUCCAUCUUGGGUCUGCCUCCUCCAGUGAUCGAAGCUAAAUUCACUAUUCGGGACUUUGGGAAAUCUACUGGACCCCCAUUCCCACUGGCGGUCGAUUCGGUCACGCAUAAGUCAAACGCCGUCACGACCUUCCUCUCAAUGGAUACUCUUGUGACACCGACCCCACAGCAGGCUGAGGGAUACAUGUCGACACUCGCGCUCUUUAUCUUGUUCCCUCAAAACUCCAAGGAAGGCAAAGCCUAUCUGAGAAUUCCUGCAGUCUGGCGAGAUCUUUGGACUGAGUUCUCCAACCUGAAAAAGACCCAGGAAGAUGAAAUUGACAAAGCCACAGUCAAAGAUCUCAAGCGCAUGGUCGAAGAGAACCAGGGCACCUUCGAAGACGACGUCGUGUUGCUGGACAACUUCCGCAAGAGAAAUGGCAAUGCAAGCAAGCCGGGCAGUCCUUUGAGAGGACCUGCUCGAGGCGAUUACUUUGGCCAGGUUGAGCAGCUGCGCGAAAUUUGGGAGGCCAAAGCAUCCACUCCAGCUUUCCAUCGCAUGAUGCAAGGUCGGAUGAACCUCCCAAUCUGGAACUUCAAGGAUGAAAUCUUGAGUACUUUGGACACCCACCAGGCCAUUAUUAUUUGCAGUGAGACUGGUAGUGGAAAGAGUACGCAGAUUCCGUCUUACAUCUUAGAACACGAGAUGCUUCAGGACCGGCCUUGCAAGGUCUAUGUGACAGAGCCUCGGCGAAUUUCUGCAAUUUCCCUGGCUCGGCGUGUUAGCGAGGAACUUGGAGAAAGCAAGAAUGACGUGGGAAGUAACCGGUCUCUCAUCGGUUUUGCUGUGAGAUUGGAGAGUAAAAUCAGCUCAGCUACUCGCCUAGUAUAUGCGACCACUGGUGUGGUUGUCCGAAUGCUCGAACGACCCGACGACUUCCAAGAUAUCACGCACGUCGUUUUGGAUGAGGUCCAUGAGAGAACAAUUGACAGCGACUUCCUUUUGGUUGUCCUCCGAAGACUCAUGCAGAAGCGUACAGAUCUCAAGCUCAUUCUUAUGUCUGCAACUGUCGAUGCUCAACGAUUCUCUAAUUAUCUCGGUGGCGUCCCCGUGCUGAAUAUUCCUGGACGAACCUUCCCAGUGGAAAUGAAGUACUUGGAAGACGCGGUGGAGAUGACAAAUUACCGUUUAUCGGAGGAUGAUUCGAACAUCUUGAUCGAUGAUGACAUGGAUGAGAUCUCCGACACCACUGGUGACAAUACCGGCGGCUUGCCAGCUAGUCUUGAGGCUUACUCGAAGCAGACUAGGGAAACUGUUCUCAAAUUUGACGAGUACCGCAUGGACUACCAGCUGAUCAAGAAACUGUUGUUGAAUAUUGCCACUGCUCCUGAGAUGGAGCAUUACAGCAAGGCAAUUCUCGUCUUCAUGCCCGGUUUGGCCGAGAUUCGUCGUUUGAACGACGAAAUCCUCUCCGAGCCGACUUUCCAGAGAGGCUGGAUCGUGCAUGCCCUACACUCUUCCAUUUCCAGCGAGGACCAAGAGAAGGCCUUUGUCGUGCCCCCGGAAGGUUUCAGAAAGAUUGUCAUUGCCACAAACAUUGCGGAAACUGGUAUCACGAUUCCUGAUAUUACAGCAGUCGUUGACACAGGGAAAGAGAAGAUGAUGCGCUUCGAUGAAAGGCGACAGCUCUCACGCCUCGUCGAGUCGUUCAUUUCUCGCGCCAACGCCAAGCAACGUCGUGGUCGAGCUGGACGUGUCCGGAACGGUAUCUGCUUUCACUUGUUUACAAAGUACCGCCACGACAAAUUGCUGGCUGAACAGCAGACGCCAGAAAUGCUCCGCUUGUCUCUGCAAGAUCUCGUGUUGCGCGUUAAGAUCUGCAAGUUGGGAGAGGUGGAGCAGACGCUUAACGAGGCAUUGGAUGCGCCGUCUUCCAAGAACAUUCGUCGUGCCAUUGAUUCUCUCAAGGAAGUCAAGGCACUCACAAGCAACGAGAGUUUGACACCAUUGGGAUCGCAACUUGCCAAACUUCCACUAGACGUCUUCCUAGGCAAGUUGAUCAUCCACGGUGCAUUCUUCAAAUGUCUGGACGCAGCCGUCAGCAUCGCUGCCAUCCUGUCCUCAAAGUCGCCCUUUGUCAACACUAUGGGCUCCAACUCGCAGCGUGAUGCUGCCCGAAACUCGUUCCAGAGAGGGAACUCGGACCUAUUGACUGUCUACAACGCUUAUUGCUGCUGGAAGCGCGCCAGGAGCACGCCCGGCAUGAGCGAGUUCUCUUUCUGCCGGAAGAACUUCCUCAGCCCGCAGACGCUUCUCAGUAUCGAAGAUAUUAAGAUGCAACUGGUAGUCUCAGUCGCAGAUGCAGGCCUCAUCACUCUCGAUGGUGUCCAGAAAACCGCUCUGAACAGGGCGCGGUCUACGAAUCGAAAUCGCCAAUUUUUCACUAUUCCCGAGCAACACGACCUCAACAGCGCCAAUGACACGGCGAUCAACUCCGUUGUUGCCUGGAGUUUCUAUCCGAAGCUCCUCAGCCGCGAGGGUAAGGGCUGGCGCAGUGUCGCAAACAAUCAGGCCGUCAGUUUGCAUCCGACCUCCAUCAAUAAGCACGCCGAUCCGGCGAUCAAGUGGCUCUCAUACUACCACAUCAUGCAAGCACGGAACCGGAAUCUAAACGCGCACGAGACGAGUGCAGUAGACGAUUUUGCGAUCGCUUUGCUGUGUGGAGAGGCCGAGUUCAAGUUGUACUCUGGUGUGAUCUCCAUUGACUCUAACCGCGUCCGCUUUGCAACACAUACUUGGAAGUCCAUGCUGGCCCUGAAGAUCCUAAAUUCCCGUCUACGCGACCUCCUCGCGUCUACCUUCCGCAACCCACAUAAGCCGCUGUCUUAUAAGCAACAGCAGUGGCUAGAUAUCUGGCAGCAAAUCUUUACGCUUGCAGGCAAGAAGUAG